UCGCGCAACCGAAGCAAAAACACACAUCCGAAUCUAGGAGACGAAGAGAAGUGAGCGAGGGAAGGGAACAUAAACAUGAGAACUGGAACACAGCUGUUCAUUCUGCUCUAAAUCUGCUUUUUACUCUGAGAAGUAGUAAGCAGGAGGAAUUACUCCAGGAGAAACUACUGACAUUCUAUUGUAAAGAUGGAGAUUAAAGAAGAACCCUGCAGAAUAAAAGAUGAAGAUAUAGAGGAACAAAUAGACCUGAUGGACGUGAAUGAGGACAAACUGCAUCAAUUUCAAAAACCUCAUCAUUUCAUAAAUGAGGAUGGAGACUCUGUCAUUUCACAGACUGAAAAGGAUUUCACACAAAAACAACUCAGAAAAACUGGAGUCAAAGGAUCUUUCACCUGCUCUGAUUGUGGAAAGAGUUACACAAGUAAAUCAAUUCUUAACGGGCACAUGAGAAUUCACACUGGAGAAAGACCGUUCACAUGCACUCAGUGUGGAAAGAGUUUCACUUAUAAAUCAUUUCUUAACAGACACAUGAGAAUUCACACUGGACAGAAGCCUUAUGCAUGCUCUCAGUGUGGAAAGAGUUACAGACAUAACAGGCACCUAAAUGACCACAUGAGGAUUCACACUGGAAAGAAUCUGUUCACAUGCAUUCAGUGUGGAAAGAGAUUUGUUCAGAAAGGAAGCCUAAUUGCGCACAUGAGAAUUCACACUGGAGAAAAACCGUUCACAUGCACUCAGUGUGGAAAGAGUUUCACUCAGAAAUGCACUCUCAAAGAUCAUCUGCGCUCUCACUCUGGAGUGAGAUCAUUCAGCUGUGAUCAGUGUGAUAAAACAUUUGCUGUGGCAGCAUACUUAAGAAGACACCUUAAAGUUCAUACUGCUGUGAAACCUCACGUUUGUUCAUUUUGUGAAAAGAGUUUUAAAUAUCUGCGAAAGUUAAGAGAGCAUGAGAGUAUGCAUACUGGUGUGAGCCCUUAUAUGUGUUUUGACUGCGGGAAGAUCUUCACUACAUCCAGCAACUUAAAGUCACACCAGAGAGUUCAUACUGGAGAGAAACCGCACAAGUGCUCACACUGUGGAAAGAAUUUCUCUCAGUCAUCAUCCUUGAAAUAUCAUGAGAGAGUUCAUUGUAAGGGUGGUCUGCCUACAGUGGUAAAGGCUGCAGGGUUGGCGAAUGACUAAAGAAACGUUAUCAGCAAUAUUUCUUGUCUAUUACUACCCACUGCUACUUAUACCAGUGACAGAAAUAAAUGCAGUUACAAUAGGAAAAAAUAUGUGGGAGAGCAUUGCUGUAGAGUGACGAUAUUGUGUUGCAAUAGGUAACACUUCAAAGUUAAUACAGAAUCAAAACUAGUAAGCACAUCAUUUGUAAUUGAAAAGGGUUUAAUUACAAUACCUGGUUAUGGUUACACUUACAAAAUAGAUGAUUAAAACUUAUACCAUUAAUCAUACCCAGCAUAUAUGUAGAAUGUUACCUGAGAGAUAGUAAGAGAGAGUUUAAAAAUAAGAAGAGAGAAAGAGCCAGAGCAAAGAAGCCCCAGUGAAAUGAAGAGCCAGAGAAUAAAAGGAGACUUUCCGUGACUGAAACCCAAAUGUGAGACAUUCAAACUGACCAAUCGGAUGAUUAAAACUUCCCCCGCUGUACAAUAAGUGAGACAAUUAGCAGACCCCGAUGUACAUACAUCAUGGCCUAUAGGCUUUGAUCACUAUCAACACCUUUGUGUCUUUAGGAAUUCGAAAUGGCCUUCGGAGGGGGUAAGUUUUCUUAUGAUUCAUGAUCUGUAAACUGUAUAUUCUAUCAUUUGCUAUCUUUAUAAAGUGACCUCAUUUUUACUUUGACCCUCGUGUUCCACUGGUUGCAUUUUUCAUUUAGUCUCUUUAUUGUUGCAUUCGUUUUGCCCUUUUUCUGUAAAUAUUGUAUAUAUAUAACUUUUAUUACUGAAGCGCUAUGGCUUGGGUGCUUUUUUCUUUUUGUAUAGAUCUCUUUUUUUGUGUUUGGUAUAGUCAGUGAUUGUUUAGUUGUAAGUGGGUUUAGUCAGUGGCGCUUUUUUAUUUUUAUUUUUUUAAAUUGUUUUGGCCUAGCCAGCCCAACCCUUAAAGGAUUAGUCCACUUUCAAAUAAACUUUUCCUGAUAAUUUACUCACCCCCAUGU